AUGCUCUCCAUAAAUGGUAUGCUGGGUCCUUCAUCCCCAACAUCUCAAUCAAGACGGGAGGACCGCAACUUCAGUACUACUUCUUCAGCAACUGUCAGAAUGUCCCAGCAGCAGGACCGCACAGGACUGCAAUCCCUGUUAAACACACCAUCUUCCCCAGAGCCAAUUUCGCCAGAGGGCUCUUAUUCACAAGGAAGAUCUUUCAGCGAAGAGAUCACAUCAAUACCUCCACAUAAACGAAAACACUCACACGAUGACCAUAACCACUCACCCUCUCCCCAUAAUUCUAGCCCCAAAAAGAAGCGGGCGCCCCGUCCCCAGUACACCAAGGAGCAAGAAGACUUUAUCUGGUUCUGCCGAGAUGACUUGGCAAUGUCCUGGCGUAAGGUAGUUCAGCUCUACAACAACCACUGGCACCCAUUUGAAUCUGAACCACACAUCCGUUCCGAGAGUGGCCUCCAAUCACGCUACUACAGAAUUCUCGACUUUCCCGUCAAGAUUCGCAAGAAGAAGGAGCCUUCAAGACCCGAUUUGGGACUUAUUCCAUCAACGAAUCGACGCUAUGAGUGGAUGGGUGUCAUCAAAGCCAGCAUCGAGGAGAAGAAAAAUUCCGAGAGAAAUAAACGCUACGCUACUAAUGUUUCUCCUCAACUAAGGCAAGAGGAUGACGACGAGAGGGAGGAUGGAUCAGAGAGCGAUAUUGGGGGAUUCGACUCUAGGGAAAGAGGAAGGGCACGGGGAAGAUGGGCCAACAGCAGGCACAAUACAACAACUUCACCAGAGCUUCGAGCAAACAGCGGUGCAAGAAUGAGUUUGCACGUAGAGGGCGGAGAACACGAGUGGGAGAGCUCAAGGCGGUCACCUGUUGGUACUGGCGGCCUGUGCUACGACCGGGGCGACUCAAAGUCUGUGAUUAGUAGCAGUAGCUGCGAUUCCUCUAGCCCUACUCUAGAUCCAAUCAAAACACGAUUUCAGGAUUUUGGAUUUACUGCUACGAGCAUUAGCGAAGGACCAAUUCACUUACCACCCCUAAGAAGCUUCCCACAGAGCGGGAUUCAUUAUCCGGAUGAAUUCAGGAAGCAGACGUAUGAGAUGGCAGCGUCAAAUCACAUCUCGAAAAUAUCAGUCUUCAACCUCUGCAUCUAG